UCAUCCGGGCACUUGGGAAGCUCAGCCGACAAGCAUGUCGCGUAGGGCAAGCGAAGGUUCACUUUUCGUUGGUAGACUUGGCAAAUCGACAAGAGUUCGAGACUUGGAAGACAUUUUCGAACCAUAUGGUCGAAUGACAAGAUGCGAAAUCAAAUAUGGGGCAGAGAUGGCAUAUGCAUUCAUUGACUAUGAAGAUCACAGAGAUGCUGAGGAUGCGGUCCGUUAUGAGAAUGGUCGAGAGAUUUGUGGAUCUAGUAUUAUAGUGGAGAGAGCCAAAGGAGCACCAAGACGAUCGCUUGCCCCGAGGAGUUCUGCUUACGAUGACAGCUACAGAUAUGGACGCAGCUCCAGAGAUAAUUACCCAGACAGAUAUGACAGAAGGAGUGGGCCCCGCGGAGGAAGGUACAGAUCCCCAUCACCCCGGCGCAGAAGAUCCAGGUCUCGAUCUCGAGAUAGAAGAAGACACAGUCGCAGUCGAUCUCGCAGCAAGAGGAGGAGAAGGUCAAGUUCAGUUAGCCCUCGUAGAUCCAGCAAAAGGUCAAGGUCUACAUCACCAAGCAAGUCAAAAAGUAGGUCAAGGUCACCACAGAGUAAAUCUGGGAGCGGAUCUCCACCGAGAAAUGGACAACAGAAUGACAAAUCUCCAUCCAGAAGUCCAGUUGAUGAUUGAAUCAAAAACAUAAAUUAACAUGUAGGACUUUUUCAGGCAUUUUUACUUAUUCUAACCAAAGUUUAACAUUCUUUUGCACAUCAUUAUAACCAAGUUCGUUAUCUUUCACGUGAAGAAUCAUUUAUAUACAAUAUCAAGAUUGAAAGGACAUUAAUUGAUAAAGGGUUUUUCUUUGUUUACAUUAUGUACUGUACUUUAAAAACUGUAAAGUAGAUUCUUGCAAACAUUACAUGUAUGUAGUUGUUGUCUGUUGUACACUUUAUUUUGUGAUAGAUAAAUUGACGUUUUUUUCUGGUGUUAUUUGAAAACACCAGCUAAAUAUAUGUGCUGUGAAUCUUUGAAUUGAAAACUCAAAUGUUGCUAUUACAAUCAUGCUUUGAAAUGUUGUUAGAUUUUAUUGAUUGAUGUCAAUUGUCAUUUAGUUACCUUGCAGCAUUGCAAUUUACAUGUAAUGAUCGCAAUGUUAGGAGAUGAUUUGUAAAUACACUGUAGCCUUAUUUACAAUUAAUGAAAGAAAUGUAUAUAC